AUUGUUCCUGUUCUCUUUCUUAAGUCAUUCGAAACACUGUCCCUGCGAGUUCUUUAAGUUCCCUGCAAUCUGUACACAAGAAGGGAGAAAGAGAGGGAGAAAGACAGAGAGACAAGGGAUCAGGUAAACCUCGGGGGCGGCUGCAGCCACUCAGACUCAGGAGCUGGAAAAUUGCUAAGGAUGCAGAAGGAACUGAAGAUGGUCAAAGACGAAGAUGUGCAUUUCAGUUUGGGUGUGAAGAGGGCCCCCUCCUUUCCCCACGGCCUGCAGCCCGUGGUUUCCCGAGGGAAGGCUCCCCCAGGACACCCCUUCCCGGAAGCUCUCCGGGGGCCGUUUUCCCAGUUCCGGUACGAGCCUCCUCCAGGAGAGCUAGACGGAUUCCCAGGGGUCUUUGAAGGAGGAGGGUCUCGCAAACGCAAGAGCAUGCCCACCAAGAUGCCCUAUAACCACCCCGCGGAAGACGGGGCUCUCGCCCUGCACCCCGAGGAGAACAAGAACCCGGGGGCCCCGGACCUCCCCCUGCUCUUCCCGCCGCCGCCGCCACCGCGGCCCAAGUACGACUCGCGGAUGAUCGACCUGUGUAACGUGGGCUUCCAGUUCUACCGCAGCCUGGAGCACUUGGGUGGCAAGGCCGUCAAGCAGGAGCCCGUGAAGCCCAGCGCCGUGUGGCCUGCGCCCACGGCCCCUCCGUUCCUGCCCGCGCCCUACCCCUACUACCCCAAGGUGGCGCCGGGCCUCGUGUUCCCCUUCUUCGUGCCCUCGGCCUCACCCUUCCCCUUCAGCCGGCACACCUUCCUGCCCAAGCGGCCGCCCGAGCCGCCGCUGCCCCGCAAAGCCGAGCCGCCCGAGAGCGAGGAGACCAAGCAGAAGGUGGAGCGGGUGGACGUGAACGUGCAGAUCGACGACAGCUACUAUGUGGACGUGGGCGGCGCGCAGAAGCGCUGGCAGUGCCCCACCUGCGAGAAGUCCUACACCUCCAAGUACAACCUGGUGACCCACAUCCUGGGCCACAGCGGCAUCAAGCCGCACGCGUGCAGCCGCUGCGGGAAGCUCUUCAAGCAGCUGAGCCACCUGCACACCCACAUGCUGACGCACCAGGGCACCCGGCCUCACAAGUGCCAGGUGUGCCACAAGGCCUUCACGCAGACCAGCCACCUGAAGCGUCACAUGAUGCAGCACAGCGAGGUGAAGCCGCACAGCUGCCGCGUGUGCGGCCGCGGCUUCGCCUACCCCAGCGAGCUCAAGGCUCACGAGGCCAAGCACGCCAGCGGGCGGGAAAACAUCUGCGUGGAGUGCGGCCUCGACUUCCCUACGCUGGCCCAGCUCAAGAGGCACCUCACCACGCACCGGGGCCCCAUCCAGUACAACUGCUCCGAAUGCGACAAGACCUUCCAGUACCCCAGCCAGCUGCAGAACCACAUGAUGAAGCACAAGGACAUCCGGCCCUACAUCUGCUCCGAGUGUGGCAUGGAGUUCGUGCAGCCCCACCACCUCAAGCAGCACUCCCUCACCCACAAGGGCGUGAAGGAGCACAAAUGUGGGAUCUGCGGGCGGGAGUUCACGCUGCUGGCCAACAUGAAGAGACACGUGCUGAUCCACACCAACAUCCGCGCCUACCAGUGUCACCUCUGCUACAAGAGCUUUGUGCAGAAACAGACCCUCAAGGCACACAUGAUUGUCCACUCGGACGUGAAGCCCUUCAAAUGCAAGCUCUGCGGGAAGGAGUUCAACCGGAUGCACAACCUCAUGGGCCACAUGCACCUGCACUCCGACAGCAAACCCUUCAAGUGCCUCUACUGCCCCAGCAAGUUCACCCUGAAGGGGAACCUGACACGCCACAUGAAAGUGAAGCACGGGGUCCUGGAGCGGGGCCUCCAUUCUCAAGGUUUUGGAAGGGGGAGAAUUGCGCUGGUGCCGACCGCGGGGGCCCUGCGGAGCCUGGAGCAGGAGGAGCCCUUCGAUCUGUCCCAGAAGCGACAGGCCAAGGGGCCAGCCUUCCAGUCGGACGGGGAGAGCGCCCGGGGCAGCUCCUGCCACGAGGAGGAGGACGAAGACAACUGCUACGAGGUGGAGCCGGACAGCCCGGGCCCCGGGCCCCGCGGCCCGCCGCUCUGCGCGCCGCAGGACCUGUCUGCCAAGCCGGAGCCGGGCCCUGGGGAGGAGGCGCCCGCCGAGGAGGCCUCGCCUCCGGGGACUCGCCCGCUGAAGAGCCGCGACAGCCUGGGGCCCGAGGGCGGCCCCGAGCGAGAGUUCGCCCGCAGAGACGAGCGGCCUGGCCUCCGGGUCCUGCCGAACACCCGGAGGGGCCCAGCCUUUUCUGAUUACUUGUACUUCAAGCACAGAGAUGAGCGUUUAAAAGAAUUACUGGAGAGGAAAAUGGAAAAACAAGCAGUGCUUUUGGGGAUCUAAGUGGACGGUUUAAGAAUUACACUUGGAAAAUGAGAGCUAGGCAGUGCAGAUACAGCUUUCCGCAUGAGCUCUCAUUUGCUGGAGACAGAAGGGCAUGAAUCUUGACAAAAGGAGCAGACUUAGAUGAGCAGAGAAGCAAAUGCUUCUCAGAUCUUGCAUUUGGGCCCUUGAUUUUUAACACACAUGGAGGGCCUUCUUCAAUGUUGUUUCAUGGAUCUCCAGUACAAUUAACUGUACAUACUGUUCUAGACAUCUAAUUGUAAGCUGAUGCUGAGGUGCUUUUAGAAAUUCUAUUUUCCAUUGACUAACAUGGUAAAUUUCUUUCUAGUUGCAAAAAUAUGGUGCUUGACAUGUUACUUUAUUAAUAACUCUUUAGUUGAAUUUGUGAAAGUUAUAUUUUUCCAGAUAGAUGAAAAUAGUAGUAGUAGUAUAUAUUUUUUAAAUCAUUUUAUUAAAUAAUAAAAAAUAUCAGAAAUGACAGGAGGGUGAGUUUUUAAAGAGGAUGUUCUGGAGUAGUUGCUGCAGAUAUAAGAUAAAAUUUCAAGAGAAUUGAUUAAUUUUCAUUAAGGAAAAACCACCAGUGCUUUGAUUCCUGCCUGGGUCUGCCUUGUUCAGCUCCCCCUGCCUUCAUCAGAUGUGGCAUAGGAGCAUAUUUUCUGAUGGCCCAGCAGUGCUCAGCAUCUGCAGGCUAACCCUGAGUCCUGAGCAGGGCUCCCUCCUGGAGACCUUGCUCCAAGGCCUCACGCCCUGUAAAGCAGCUGCAGGAAGAGCUGGCACCCUGUGAGCAGUGGAUUUCUCGUCAGUGCUGGAGCUGCAGGGUUGGGGGAGGAAUUCUCCCUGAAAUUUCAGCUGUAACUUAUUUAGAGUAUUGGAAUAACCAUUGCUAGGAAAGCAGUUGCGGGGCUGUGUUCUCAGUGCUGCCUGCACAUUAGAAUCAUCUCAGGAGGAGUAGUGUUACCUGCUCAGUCGUGUCCAGCUCUUUGCAACCCCACGGACUGUAGCCAGCCAAGCUCCUCUGUCCCUGGGAUUCCCCAGGCAAGAAUACUGGAGUGGGUUGCCAUUUUCUUCUCCAGAGGAUUUUCCCAACGCAGGAAUCAAACCCAGGUCUCCUGCAUUGCAGGCGUAUUCUUUACCAUCUGAGCUAUAGGGAAGUCCCAGAAUCAUCUCAGGGAGCCUUUAAAAAAAAUACUAAUGCUGGGGCCUGAGCCCCUGAGGCCCUGAUUUAAUUGGUCUAGAGUGGAGCUCUGGCAUUGGUUAUUUUCCAAAUUGCUCCAGAUGACUCUUACGUGUAGUGAGAGUUGAGAAAGAUCGAGUAGGAUAAAACAGUGGCUCCCAAGACCCCCCUCACAAGGAUUCCAUCAAUAUUUCUGCUUCUGGCUUUACUCAUUAAGAUAGAAAGCAGGACACCUUGAGAUCACUCUGCUGACUUAGGCCUUCUUACCUGUUUUGUCAGAGCCUCACGAGAGAAGACACACACACACGCUGUAUAAACACACAGUUUUUUUUAAUAGGAGAUGAUGCCUCUGAUGUUUAUGAUCACUUAAUAUGUUUAAAAAUACAUAGUCAGCCUACAGUGGCUAAUUAUUUCUUCCUAGAUUUGUGAAUCAUGAUUCCAGUGAGUGGUGGUGACUGUGAAGUGUGGUUUGAGCCCAGCAGAUGGGCUUUCCUUAGGCACUGGAUUCUGACAAAUAAAGCAGUGCUGACAAGAUGUCACAUACAUGUGACUGCCCGUAAGCAGUGACCCUCUGGUACUGUGUCUGUGUUUAUGUAAAAACUGCUUCUUGGUAGUUUCAACUCUUGUUUGUAGAGCUAGGUACUGUUUAUUUUUUGCUUCUUCUCCUCCCAAAAUUCCCAGUGCAUUUCAUUAGGCAGUCUGACCCAUCUCUGACUGUGGGAUGCCGUUUUUUUUCUCUUGGUCAAGGUGCUUCCCCAUCAGCCUCACUUAGUCCUCAUCAGUCACGCAUGCACUUUGUCAGCCCCUGAUGCAACUCCUCCUGCCACUUUGCUUAAGGUUCCUUCCUCCAGCAUUACCACCACAGCUUGCCAAAGCCGCUUGAGUUCCCUGCAGCCAUCCUUGCCACCCUUGUCUCAGGGUCAGGACACCUGCAAAGGGGAUGGUAAAGGGAAGAUUGUGGGUUUCUGCAGUUAUCAGAACAACUCUGAGUCAAGUACCUACCCAAAGGAUAGGACCCAAAGGAUCCAAACCUAUCCUUCCGAGGGGCCAUUUGCUUUCCAUUCAUCAUUUUUAACAUAGCUCAUCAGUGCCUCCAAUGACGUCACUCGGAGGCUGGCAGAGUGGUCUCUGAAGCCUCCAACUCUCAGGGGCCUGUUACAUAUUCAUUCUUUCCGCGGCCAGGUGUUAAGCACCUGCCAUAAAGUCUGCAGAUUUCAGUUUGUUCUGGGUGUGCCAAACUGAAAUAGGAACUAGGAGAUCUUGAAUAGCAAGUUUAUAGACUUUUCUACCCAAAAUGAGUCAGGUGGGAGUGUUUGAGGAACAAGUUAAUGUUGAGAUGGAAAGAGCAUGGUCCAGAAUGGUGGUUUCCACAUUGUGUUGAGAAGCAAGAGGUCCUCUUAGGCCUUCUAGAGCUGCUAGAGGAGGAGAAAUUCUCAGCCUUCAUCCCCACUUCACUCAGAGCAGCUCCAAUUCCAUCUGUUUUAUUUGUUAGAUUUCCAAGUAAAAUUUCGUUUGGAGGAAGAAAAAAGGGUCUAGGAAAAGUAAUUUAAAAAAUCGUUGUGAAAUGUAUUCUAAAGCCUGUUUUUCGUUCUUGACUGUGGCUAUGAGAGACUUAGAUAUAAUUAGCUAUCACCUGCUGAUUAAUACGCCCUGUCUAAACCAAGUCUAAAACCUUGGUUUUGUGUGUGACCAACAUCCUGAUUUGCCUGGGACAACCCAGGUUUAUACCUCUUGUUCCCACGUAGUCACUAAGGGUGUCACCUUAACUCUCAAAAAUGUUCCAGUUUGGGUGAUGAAUUAUAUGGGCCCCCUACGCAUAAGUACCGAGUAGAGAGCUACGAGAGGAGUGGCCCACCUUGCCUACAGCUGUUAAUAAUGAACCAGAACGCAAGCCUGAAAGAGAAGCCAUGAGGCCUUUCUCAGAGCACUAAGGGAUGAGACCAUCCAAGGUCAUCAGCACUCCCUUGGCCAGGAUAGCAUGACAUUUACCACGUUGGGACACUAUGAAAAUAGGUCACUACCAGAUGUUUUCCAGGCUUUUGACCACUGUCUUUGAACCGACCAGCUGACCCUUCCAAGUGGCAUAUUUUCUGUUAACCUUUUUAUUCCAGCCUAUGAUUACCCCCUUUUGUUGCCUUUCAACUCAUUCUCUCUUUUUAAAAAUUUGCCUUCCCACUGGCCAUGAGACUGAGGCUGACCUUCCGUGAUCUCACAGGGUGUCUGGUAUAUGUGUAUAUGAGUAGUUGCGUGAGACAGCCCAGUGUGCACUCUGUAUUUAUUAAGCCCUGAAGGCAAUUUAAUAAAAUAUUAACAUUGUGUUUUGAAUUAUGAUCUUUGCUUUGCUGGAACAAAAUGUAACAGAGCUAACAUUUAAAAUCCUCCACAUAUUUGGACAAUAUUACACCAAAUGUUGAUUUUGUACAGAAUUCUGGCCUGCUAUUUAAAACUUGAAGUAUGUAACAACCCAAGUUGUGAAUAUUGCUUUCUGCUUCAGUGAAAAAGCAGUUUACCUGAAAAUAGCAUGUAACCUAUAUUUUGUUAAUUUAAGCAAAUAAAGACAUG